AUGCAAAGUGAGAUAGCCUCCGCUCACUAGCAGCAGCAGCAGCAGCAGUCUGCUCCUCUCUGCCUUUCUUCGGCGUCUUAUCAUGGCGGGGAGGGUCACAUCUUACCUUUAAGCCCCCGCCUCCCAAACAGCUAUACUGGAGAAACGAGACCACGACGAGCCCCAUGCGGAGCGGAUCCCCGGCUUGCUUCUAGCCCAGAUUGGCGUGAGCACGUAGCGGGCUGCUGUCAUGGCAGCGUCGGAGCUGUACACAAAGUCCGCUCGGGUGUGGAUCCCAGAUGUGGAGGAGGUGUGGAAGUCUGCUGAGUUGACCAAGGACUACAAAAAUGGCGACGCCUCACUGCAGCUCAUGUUGGAGGAUGGCUCGAACCUCGAGCACAAGCUGGACCCCAAGACAAAGAACCUGCCCUACCUUCGUAACCCUGACAUCCUGGUGGGUGAGAAUGACCUCACGGCGCUCAGCUACCUCCACGAGCCGGCAGUGCUGCACAACCUCAAAGUUCGCUUCAUUGACUCAAAGCUCAUCUACACUUACUGUGGAAUUGUUUUGGUGGCCAUCAACCCUUAUGAGACAUUGCCCAUUUACGGAACAGACAUCAUCAACGCCUACAGCGGCCAGAACAUGGGAGACAUGGACCCACACAUCUUUGCUGUGGCAGAGGAGGCUUACAAACAAAUGGCCAGGGAUGAGAGGAACCAGUCAAUCAUUGUCAGCGGAGAGUCGGGGGCAGGAAAGACGGUGUCGGCCAAGUACGCCAUGAGAUACUUUGCCACGGUCAGCGGCUCAGCCAGCGAGGCAAACGUUGAGGAGAAAGUGUUGGCUUCUAACCCAAUCAUGGAGGCCAUCGGAAAUGCUAAGACAACUCGCAACGACAACAGCAGUCGCUUUGGAAAGUAUAUCGAGAUUGGCUUUGACAACCGCUACAGAAUCAUUGGUGCCAACAUGAGGACGUAUCUUCUGGAAAAAUCCAGGGUGGUGUUCCAGGCGGACGAGGAGAGGAAUUAUCAUAUCUUUUAUCAGCUCUGUGCAUCAUCGCAUCUGCCGGAGUUCAAGAAACUAAAACUGAGCAAUGCAAACGACUUUGUGUAUACCUGGCAGGGCCGCAGUCCCGUGAUCGAAGGUGUAGACGACACCAAGGAGCUCUGCUCCACCCGCCGUGCCUUCUCGUUGCUUGGUAUCAAUGAGUCAUAUCAGAUGGGAUUGUUUCAAGUUCUGGCUGCUAUUCUUCAUCUGGGAAAUGUGGAGAUAAAAGACAAGGAUUCGGAUAGUAGUAUCAUUCCUUCCAACAAUAAUCACCUGACCGCAUUCUGCGAGCUGGUGGGCGUCACCUACGAGGACAUGACUCAGUGGCUGUGCCACAGGAAGCUGAAGACGGCCACCGAGACUUACGUUAAGACCCUCCCCCGCCUACAGGCCACCAAUGCCCGAGACGCUUUGGCCAAACAUAUCUACGCCAAACUCUUUAACUGGAUCGUGGAGCACGUCAACAAGGCGCUCAUCACCAAUAUCAAGCAGCACUCCUUCAUCGGCGUCCUCGACAUUUAUGGGUUUGAAACAUUUGAAAUCAACAGCUUUGAGCAAUUCUGCAUCAACUACGCCAAUGAGAAGCUACAGCAACAAUUCAACAUGCACGUUUUUAAACUGGAGCAGGAAGAGUACAUGAAGGAGCAGAUCCCCUGGACUCUCAUCGAUUUCUACGACAAUCAGCCCUGCAUCAACCUCAUCGAAGCCAAGAUGGGCGUCCUGGACCUGCUGGAUGAGGAGUGCAGGAUGCCUAAAGGCUCAGAUGAUUCAUGGGCUCAGAAGCUCUACAACACCCACCUAAAGACGUGUUCCCUCUUCGAGAAGCCGCGCAUGUCAAACCGAGCUUUCAUCAUCCAACACUUUGCUGAUAAGGUUGAAUACCAGUGUGAAGGAUUCCUGGCGAAGAACAAGGACACGGUGAAUGAAGAACAGAUCAAAGUGCUCAAGGCCAGCAAGUUUGACCUGCUGGUGGAGCUGUUCAAGGAUGAGGAGAAAGCUACCAGUCCCAUGGCUCCUGCAGGGGCUGGAGGCAGAACCCGCCUUAGCAUCAAACCUGACAAGAGCCGCGACACAAGCAGCAAGGAGCAUAAGAAGACUGUUGGUUGCCAGUUUCGUAACUCCCUUCAAAUGCUCAUGGACACGUUGAACGCGACCACGCCACACUAUGUCCGCUGCAUCAAACCCAAUGACUUCAAGCAGGCGUUCUCGUUUGAUCCGAAACGUGCAGUGCAGCAGCUCAGAGCCUGUGGCGUCCUGGAGACAAUCCGCAUCUCUGCAGCAGGUUUCCCAUCCAGAUGGACGUACCAGGAGUUCUUCAGUCGGUACCGAGUGCUAAUGAAGCAAAAAGAUGUGCUCCCUGACAAAAAGUUGACAUGCAGGAAUGUACUGGAGAAGCUAGUCCAGGAUCAGGAUAAAUACCAGUUUGGUAAGACCAAGAUAUUCUUCAGGGCCGGGCAGGUGGCCUACCUGGAGAAGCUGAGGGCAGACAAGCUCCGCGCCGCCUGCAUCCGCAUUCAGAAGACCAUUCGAUGCUGGCUGGCUCGCAAAAAGUAUCUGCGCAUGCGCAGUGCCGCCAUCACCAUCCAGAGGUUCACCAGAGGAUACCAAGCUCGCUGCCUGGCCAAGUUUAUGCGUCGCACUCAGGCCGCGACCCUCAUCCAGAAGUACCAGAGGAUGUGUGUGGCGAGGAAACGCUACAGGCAGAAGCAAGCCGCCGCUCUGGCCAUACAGACCAUCCUCAGAGCUUACAUGGCCCGGCAGAAGUACCAGGCGCUCCUGCGAGAGAGCAAGGUGGUGAUCAUCCAGAAGCACGCUCGCGGCUUGUUGGCCCGACGUUGGUACAAGCGCUGCCUCCACUCCAUCGUCUACCUGCAGUGCUGCAUCCGCAGGAUGAGGGCCAGACGCGAGCUGAAGAAGCUGAAGAUUGAAGCCCGUUCCGUUGAGCACUUCAAGAAGCUGAACAAGGGCAUGGAGAACAAGAUCAUGCAGCUGCAGAGGAGGAUCGACGAGCAGACCAAGGAGAACCGCACCGUCAACGAGAAGCUGGUUGGUCUGGAGAGCUCCUACACAACGGAGAGUGAGCGACUGCGUGGCGAGCUGGGCCGGCUGCGCGGCGUGGAGGACGACGCCAAGAACAAAGGCAACCAGCUGACCUCUCUCCUGGAGGAGCUGGAGAAGCUGAAGAAGGAGCUGAGUACCACGCAACAGGAGAAGAAGACCAUCGAGGACUGGGCGCAGACGUACAGGACCGAAAUGGAGAAAAUGGUGUCCGAACUGAAGGAUCAGAACGGCUCGCUGAAAAAAGAGAAGGACGACCUGAACAGGUUGAUUCAGGAACAGAGUCAGCAGAUGACAGAGAAAAUGGCUCGUACUAUUGCAGCGGAGACUCAGCAGCUGGAGAAGGACCUGAACGAGGAGCGCUCUCGCUACCAGAAUCUCCUGACAGAACACCGUCGCCUCGAGGAGAAACACGACGACCUCAAAGAGCACAUUUCCAAGCCUGGCCACAGGAGAACAGAUUCCACCCACAGCAGCAACGAAUCCGAGUACACCUACAACUCAGAGUUCGCCGAAUCGGAGGAAGGUUCCCGUGCCGCAGAAGAUUUGACGCGAGGAAUGGAUACCUCACUCACGCUCAAGCUGCAAAAGAGGCUCACAGAGCUCGAGCAAGAAAAGCAGUCUCUGCGCAAUGAGCUGGAAAACAAGGAGGAGCAGUUUCAGCGGGCUAGAGCAAGGGAUGAGACAGAAUUCAAAAAGGCUCGUGGGGCAGAGUUGGAGUACGAGUCCCUCAAGCGUCAAGAGCUGGAGUCUGAGAACAAGAAGCUGAAACACAACCUGGCUGAGAUGAGGAAAAGCCUGCUGGGUGAUGCGGCCGCGAGCUCCGGCGCCCCAGGCUCCCCUGCUUACAAGGUGCUCCUGGAUCAGCUCAACUCCUCCUGCGAGGAGCUGGAAGUGCGCAAGGAGGAGGUGCUCAUUCUGCGCUCGCAGCUGGUCAGCCAGAAGGAAGCCGUGCAGCACAAGGAGACUAUGACUGAUGUGGCAGUUCACGUUGAGGAUGUUUCCAAACUGAAGGAUGCUGAUGAACUCAAGCAAGCCUACAUCGGACUCAAAGACACCAACAGAUCUCGCAGGUUUGCGUGUAAGCGACUAGAAGUCAGAGGUCUCCUGAGUAGGUUCAGAUCGACUGCCCCAGACGUCCAAAAGCUGAAUGAGGACGGGGAGCUGUGGCUGGUUAAUCAGGGCUUACAGGAGACCAUCAGGCUGCUGGAGCACCAGUUGCAGACUCAGCGCAGAAGUUACGACAGCGAGGUGGAGUCCCUGCGAGGUGAGCUGCAGAACGUUAAGGAGGAGAACAACCGCCAGCAGCAACUUCUGGCUCAGAACCUCCAGCUGCCCCCGGAGGCUCGCAUCGAAGCCAGUCUGCAGCACGAAAUCACCCGACUCACCAAUGAGAAUCUGGAGCUGGUAGCAGGCGACCCCACAGCAUCCCGAGAGGCGCGAGUCCUCAUUUUACGCCGGAUGGUUGACCUCAUGGAACAGCUGGAGAAGCAAGACCGAAACAUACGCAAGCUGAAGAAGCAGUUAAAGGUUUACUCCAAGAGGAUUGGAGAGAUGGGAGCGGGUCAAGCUGAGGGUCAGACAUCCCCGGGACAGAUGGUGGACGAGCCCAUCCACCCUGUUAACAUUCCGCGCAGAGAAAAAGACUUCCAAGGAAUGCUGGAGUACAAGAAGGAGGAUGAGCUCAAACUGGUCAAGAACUUGAUCAUUGAGCUGAAGCCUCGCGGUGUGGCCGUCAACCUGAUCCCCGGUCUGCCCGCCUACAUCCUCUUCAUGUGUCUGAGGCAUGCCGACUACGUCAACGAUGACCAGAAGGUCCGCACGCUCCUCACGUCCACCAUCAACAGUAUCAAGAAGAUCCUAAAGAAACGAGGAGACGACUUUGAGACGGUGUCCUUCUGGCUGGCCAACACCUGUCGCUUCCUACACUGUCUGAAGCAGUACAGUGGAGAGGAGCCUUUUAUGACGCACAACACUUCGAGGCAGAACGAGCACUGUCUGUCCAACUUUGACCUGACUGAGUACAGACAGGUGAUCAGUGACCUCGCCAUCCAGAUCUACCAGCAGCUCAUCAAAUGCAUGGAGAACAUCCUCCAGCCCAUGAUAGUGUCAGCAAUGCUGGAGCACGAGACCAUUCAGGGCGUGUCGGGGGUGAAGCCGACCGGCCUUCGCAAGAGGACGUCCAGCAUCGCCGACGAGGGCACCUACACGCUGGACUCCAUUUUGCGGCAGCUCAACGCCUUCCACUCCACCAUGUGUCAACACGGCACCGACCCCGAGCUCAUCAAGCAGGUGGUCAAGCAGCAGUUUUACAUCAUCGGUGCCGUCACCCUCAACAACCUGCUGCUGCGCAAGGACAUGUGCUCCUGGAGCAAAGGAAUGCAGAUCAGGUACAACGUAAGCCAACUGGAGGAGUGGCUUCGUGACAAAGGUCUGAUGGUCUGUGGGGCCAAGGAGACCCUGGAGCCUCUCAUCCAGGCGGCUCAGCUGCUGCAGGUCAAGAAGAAGACGGACGAGGACGCUGAAGCCAUCUGCUCAAUGUGCUUGGCUCUCACCACUGCACAGAUUGUGAAGGUCUUGAACCUCUACACUCCAGUCAACGAGUUUGAGGAGAGGGUGUCUGUCGCUUUCAUCCGAACCAUACAGACACGCUUACGUGAUCGUUGUGUGAGUCCCCAGUUGUUGAUGGACACCAAGAUGAUCUACCCCAUCACUUUCCCUUUUAGUCCUUCGUCCCUCGCCCUGGAGACCAUCCAGAUCCCCGGCUCGCUCAACUUGGGCUUCCUCACCCGCGUCUAGGCAGAUGGUCUCACACACACACACGCACACACACAAACACAUUGUAAACCACGCCAUGGUUGAAAUUGUCAAAAGGGGGGUUUCAUAACGCGCAUGUUCCAUGUGCUCACCUUGUUUUAUUCAUGUAAUGAUACGACACUGAAGCUGCAGUGUGUACAUACAGAACAGAACCACCCCCUGCUCAUAUCACGCCACAGAAGCCAAACGCGCGCUUCUUCUUUUACGCUCUCCAUCAAUUCCGAGUCGAGGCAAGACGACAACUCAUCGUCUGUGCCGUGUUAUUUAUGCACAUAUAGAUGAUAUACAAAUAUAUAUAUAUAAAUAGGAACGAUACGUGUAUUUAUUGAGUUGUCUUUUCCCUGCGCUGCGCUUUGACAUGCAUUGGUAGUCUGGUCGAGUAGUUUUAGCACAUGUCAGUUCAUCAAGUGUAGCACAGGUUGUCACUUCAGAGGACAUAUUAAGCGCUUAUUAUUUAUUGAGGUUUAUUUUCUUAUCACACGUAGGAGGUUGGGUUUUCUUUCAGUGCCUCAAACUCCUAUAGCUCAUCUCUUUGCCUUUAUGACCAAAAAACAGCUUAAGAAGUUUUUGUUGCUGAUAUCGCUAGAAGUGUUUGUCAGGAAAUCGUGGAUAAAUGUAGACUUACGGGAGCGACUGCAUCGCUCCGCUUUAAAAAGGCAGGAAUGAACCCGCCCGGUACGACUCUUUCUUUGUAUUUUGCCACCAUUGACCUGCUGCCUUGUUGUGUUUGCUUUGUUUACCAUCAGUGUUAAAUUCCCUCAACUUGAACUUUAUUGAGCCUGAAAACCUUUGAGCCGUUGGUAUUGUGCUGAAAAGCCAUAUAUGGUAGUGACCAUGUUUUUGGUACCCUUCACCAGUUUUACCUAGAAUAGCACUUAGACCCAAGCGCAGACUUACACCGAGGCCCAACCAUGCUAAAGAUGGCAAGUGGACUAUAACGACAAAAAUACACUCUUGUCUCAAAGUAUAAUUUUUGCUCAAUCCUGCUAACAAACAAACAGUAAAUAAAAACACUUCUUAUGCUUUUGCACUUGCAGGAGGUAAUAACACACUUGAAACAUACUUGUAGACAAGUAUGACGCAAAAUACGAUGUUGCUUAACUGCAAGGUUUUACUCCAUUUAAGGAAUGUCAGCAGUCACAUUUGUACAAAAAAGUCUUAGACCCAGCAAAUGUCAAAUGACAGGAAGAAGUCAUACAAUUAUGAGGAGAAAAAGGAAGAAUUAAGUUGUUAAUGUGAGUGAUAAUGUUAGAAGAAUUCAACUAGCAAGUCAAACAUGCAAUUGCGGGGGUUAAAGUUGUACGGUUAUACAAAAUUAAACGAAAACUACAAUAACAAAGUUGUAAUAUUACUUUUAAAUAUUGGUAACGGCACACAAUGUUUUUAUAAUAUUACGAAUACUAACACAAAUACACUGAAUACAAGAAUCUAGUUUAAAAAAUACAAACGUUAAAUCACACACAUUGUGAGCAAAAAGUAGUAAAUCGACACAGAAUACGAGUAUCAAAAAUAAGCAUUCAUCUUAUGAGGGAAAAGUCGCAAUAUUGCAGGAAAAAAGCCGUAAUUUUACGAGAAUAAAGUCGUAUUGCGUGACCAGAGCACUUCUUUACUUUUGUCAUAGUUCAAAAAUGUUUUGUCAUAAAAUUUGAAUAUUUUUUUAAAGUAGUGUAUCAUUAACUAUGAAUAAAUAGAGCAUAAUUUCUUCACUUCUCCCAUAAUUCCAAAAGGUUUUUGUCAUGAAAUUACACAUUUUUUAUUAAAAAAUUAAACUUUUUAUUUCGUAUAUUAAAAUUAAUUGUCCUAAAUUUAAGCCUUUAUUUUCAUAAUUUGACAGAAUUCUCGCAAACAUUUGUAAUUUUUUCUUUGUUAAAUGACUUUUUUCCUUGUAAAAUGGCAACUCAUGUAAAUUACAAGUUUUUGGCCAGAAAAUUACUUUCUCCCUCAUGAAAUAAAAACUCUUUCUCACAAACACAAUAACUUAACUCUCCUAAAUUUAAGAAUUUAUUCUCAUCAUUUUCACAAUACAAUGACAAGUACUCACAGAAAAUGUUGUCCUUUUUUUUUCUAUUCUAAUACUUUUUUCUUAUAAAAUGGCAACUUUAGUCACGUAAAAUUAAAAUAAUGUUCUCGUAAAACUGAAACUUUUUUUCAUUAAAAAAAGCUCCUUGUUUUAAUUAUAUUAUUAUUAAAUAAUUUUAAACCCCAAGACUUUAGUCUCAUGAUAUAAUGUUGUUGACCUAAACAUAUUAUUUAUCUUGUAAAAUGGCAAUUUUAGACAUAAAAUUACACAUUAUUUUCCAUUUAAAUAACUAUUCUUCUCCUAAAAAUGAGCUUUUUUUUGUCACAAAUCUUUGCCACAAAUAUUGCCACUUUUUCUUGUAAAAUGGCAAUUUUGCCAAGAAAAAAACACCUUUUCCUACAAAAAAUCUUUGUCACAGGUAUCACAAUUUAAUUCUCCAAAUAUUAAGACUUAAUCUCCUACUUUUCAUAUUAUAAUAACAGUAUUUACAAAAAGUAGUCCUUUUUCCUCAUAAAAUAAUUACUUUUUUUUCCAAAACGAUUAUCUUUUUUGUAAAAUAACAAUUUUAGUCACGUAAAAUCAAAAUGUGCCACAAAGUUAUUCAUUUUUUUUCCAUAUCAUUCCAACAUUUUUUGUGUAAUUUUCAUAUUUUUAGGGGAAAAUUACAGAUGUGUGGUCCAAAAAUAUCUGAUAAUAAUACAGCGUAUAAGAUGUUUACAUUUGUAAAUUGUUUUGCCAUUAAAAGACUGAUUGUUCACAGAACAUUACAACUUUUUUUCUCCUAAAAUGAAGAAGUCCUUUUCAUUUUAGGGCUUUUUUCUUGUAAAAUUGCAACAUUUUGGGGACUUUAUUCUCCUAAUUGUCUUUGUUCCCAUAAGAGUAUGACUUUAUUCUUGUAUUUAGUUUAUUUUCAGUUUCUAAGUGUUUGCGACAAAAAGCAGAAACACUGAUUGCCGACGAGAAAAAUGUGAGUUAUUUUUUGGAUGGUUGGCGAGUAGUGGGGCUUGAAUAGCGAGAGAAACAAACAAAGGAGUUCACCUCAUGAAUGUUUUUAGUGAACAAAGCCUUACAUGUGACAUUGUCUGCAUUGUGGCGUUGUUGUUGUUUCUUUAUUACGUGUAAAAAUGAAGAGUUAAUUGUCAUCACGUUUAUUUUGGACCAAGUGUGUUUGUGUCGUCACAGAUGGUUUGCGCACGUUCACAUGCACUUUUUUUAUUAGCAGAGAAGAGGAAAACGUAAAUAAAAAGGGUCUGGUAAUACAGGCCGGCCUCCUUUCAGUGGAGGAAGAAGACUUCCAUUGUCAAACAGAGGUGAUUAGCCCCGACCCCUCCUCUACCAUUUAGCGUCAGUGUUCCGUUCUUGAAAAGACCUGUCCGCUGACGAGGUGGUGAAGACACCAGCUGCUGUGAUUGAGGACAUGCCGCCAUGUCCGAGCGAGAACUCUCUGAAACCCCUCCUUACCUCCCUGACGUGUACUUUUGACAAACUUGGACUGUUUGUAGUAUCUGGUAGCUGUGCUUUAGUGGACGUGUUCACCGUAUAAUAAGACACUUGGAAUAAAUUGUCAAAUCUGUAAAAGUAAAAAAAAAAAAAUUAAAUAAUAAAAUAAUUCAAGCACUGUCA